CUCACGCACAAUCCCACAACACGCGCACAAAAACCAAUAAGCUAAGAGCAUUCGAAGUAGAAGCCCGGACGAGAGAGAAGCCAAGCAAAUGGGGAAGGACAUGGAAUCUGGGGAGCCGCCGAUCGGCGCCAGGGACUACCAGGACCCGCCCCCCGCCCCUUUGGUCGACCCGGAGGAGCUGGGCAAGUGGUCGUUCUACCGCGCCCUCAUCGCGGAGUUCAUCGCCACGAUGUUGUUCCUCUACAUCACCGUCUUGACCGUGAUAGGUUACAAGAGUCAGGUCGACCCGGCCUUGAACGGCACCGAGUGUGACGGUGUCGGUAUUCUUGGCAUCGCAUGGGCCUUCGGAGGCAUGAUUUUUGUCCUCGUUUAUUGUACCGCUGGUAUUUCUGGUGGGCACAUAAACCCGGCGGUGACCUUCGGUCUCUUCCUGGCGCGCAAGGUGUCGCUCGUCCGGGCUGUGAUGUACAUGGUAGCGCAGUGCCUUGGCGCCAUUUGCGGGUGUGGACUGGUGAAGGCGUUCCAGAAGGCGCGCUACACCCGGUACGGUGGCGGCGCGAACGAGCUGUCUGAUGGGUACAGCAAGGGCGUGGGGCUAGGGGUGGAGAUCAUCGGCACCUUCGUCCUGGUGUACACCGUGUUCUCGGCCACUGAUCCAAAGCGAAACGCCAGGGACUCUCACGUUCCUGUGUUGGCACCGUUGCCCAUAGGGUUUGCAGUCUUCAUGGUUCAUCUGGCAACAAUCCCCGUAACGGGCACUGGCAUAAAUCCAGCAAGGAGCUUAGGAGCUGCUGUGAUGUACAACAAGGACAAGGCUUGGGACGACCAGUGGAUGUUCUGGGUUGGGCCAUUCAUUGGGGCUGCGAUUGCUGCAUUCUAUUACCAGUACAUCUUGAGAGCUGGAGCCGUCAAGGCCUUUGGUUCCUCCAGGAGCAACGCGUGAAACUCAGGAUAAGUUUUUUAAUUCCUCCGUUUCAAGGGUCAGAGCUGGAUCAAGGGGAGGGUCACAGCAAAAUGUGGAUAAAAAAUUUGCCCUUUUGGAGUGUGUCUUGCUUCUUGUCUUCUGAUUUUUCUUUUUUGUUUUCCCAACUCUCUGAUCUUUUAGCUGUAUUCCCGAGUGCUGGUUGUUGUGGUCAUUUGCUGUUCUCUUCUCUUUUCGACUUUGCAAGUGGUGUGAUGGGUUGCAACAAUGCAAAUAUGUUAAUUUUCUAGUAACUUCUCUCUUUGCAUUGUGCUAUAUAUAAUCCAUGCUCUUAAUGGAAGUUUUCGUGAACAUACGGUUUAAGUUUA